UUGGUUGGUGUCAUCGCUAUCAUUUAUUACCAGUCAAAUUUUUGUGCGAUUCGUUUAGGGAAGGAAAGAAAAUUUAAUCUGUGAAAUACAAUUAAAUCCACGGUCCUUUUAACUAAGCAACUAUGAGCGCCUUUCCAGGAACGUUCGCGUUUGACGAAUAUGGUCGCCCUUUCAUCAUUCUCCGCGACCAGGAGCAGCAGAAGCGCAUCACUGGAACAGAUGCCAUUAAGACGCACAUUAUGGCGGCGCGUCAGAUUGCCACAACGCUGAAGACAUCUCUGGGACCAAAAGGUCUGGACAAGAUUAUGGUCAGUCCCGAUGGCGAUGUGACGGUGACCAACGAUGGUGCCACAAUCAUGAAGCUCAUGGAGGUGGACCAUGAGAUUGCCAAACUGAUGGUGCAGCUGUCGCAGUCGCAGGACGAUGAGAUUGGCGAUGGCACCACCGGUGUGGUUGUGCUCGCUGGUGCACUCUUGGAGCAGGCAGAAGCCUUAAUUGAUCGCGGUAUUCAUCCGAUUCGUAUUGCCGAUGGUUUUGAAUUGGCCGCCCAGUGUGCCAUCAAGCAGCUGGAUGCAAUUGCUCAACCCUUCCCCGUCGAUCCCAACAACAAGGAGCCGCUCAUUCAGAUUGCCAUGACAACGCUGGGCAGCAAGAUUGUGAACAAAUGUCAUCGUCAGAUGGCUGAAAUGGCCGUCGAUGCAGUUCUCAAUGUGGCUGAUAUUGAGAAGAGGGAUGUCAACUUUGAGCUGAUCAAGAUUGAGACGAAAGUUGGUGGACGCAUGGAGGACUCGAUGCUGGUCAAGGGUGUCAUUGUUGACAAGACAUUGAGUCACUCUCAAAUGCCCAAGGAGUUGAAAAAUGUCAAGCUGGCGAUUCUCACCUGCCCCUUUGAGCCACCCAAGCCAAAGACCAAGCAUAAGUUGGAUGUCACCUCUGCGGAAGAUUACAGAGCACUCCGAGAAUACGAGCAGGAGAAGUUCACCCAGAUGGUCAAACAGGUGAAAGAUGCCGGCGCCACCUUGGCCAUUUGCCAGUGGGGCUUCGAUGACGAGGCCAAUCAUCUGCUGUUGCAGCAGGAUUUGCCAGCUGUGCGUUGGGUCGGUGGUCCCGAGAUUGAACUGAUUGCCAUUGCCACCGGCGGUCGCAUUGUGCCACGAUUCGAGGAGCUGACACCCGAGAAACUGGGCAGCGCUGGAUUGGUGCGUGAAAUGGCCUUUGGCACGUCCAAGGACAAGAUGCUGGUCAUUGAGGAGUGCAAGAACUCCAAGGCAGUCACAAUCUUCUUGCGCGGCGGCAAUGCCAUGAUUAUUGCCGAGGCAAAGCGUUCCAUUCACGAUGCCAUCUGUGUGGUGCGCUCUCUGAUUAAGGAUUCGCGUAUUGUUUAUGGCGGUGGUGCCGCUGAGAUUAGCUGCUCCCUGGCUGUGGCCAAGGAGGCCGAUCAGUUGUCCACGCUGGAACAGUAUGCAUUCCGCUCGUUUGCCGUCGCCCUGGAGAGCAUUCCCUUGGCUCUGGCUGAGAACAGUGGCCUGCACCCAAUUGAAACGCUGUCGGAACUGAAGGCCAACCAAGUGGCUGAGAAGAAGUCCAGCUUGGGUGUCGAUUGCAUGCUCACUGGCGAAUCGGACAUGAAGCAUCACAAUGUUGUCGAGUCUCUGCACUCGAAGAAACAACAGAUUCUGCUGUCCACACAGCUGGUCAAGAUGAUUCUCAAGAUCGAUGAUGUGCGCUCCAAGAAUCAUGGCAUGUAAACAACCAUGUCGCACCCUCAAACACACACACAUACACCCACAGACCUAAGCACACACACAAAAAGAACAUUAAAAUGCAUUAUUGUACGCUUUGCUUGCUCACGCUCCUUCAUACUACUAUAUAUAUUUGUAAUAUGCUGUAUUAAUUGUUUACAUUUUAUUAAUCAACACAAUUCUUUCAAAAAGAAGAGCAACUUGAAGAAAUCAACCAUAAAUUAAACAAAAUACAAUUUACUAAAAACUC